AUGAAGCGAAAGUCAGAGGAUACAGAGGGAAAGGAGGCACCAAAGCUGGUAAAAGACAAGAAGCGGAAGAAGAAGCAUCGACACCACCCAGAUAACGCACAAAAUGAUAACAGGACGCCGCAACUGGAAAGAAAAGUCUGCGCAGAUUUAGAUAAUGGAGCGUCAAGGAAAGACGUGAUCAAAACCCGCUUAGAUCAGCUCGAACAAAUCGCACGGGACAUUGCUUCAGACCCGGAGUCGAUUAGGAAGCAUAUCGAGAGCUCUGGCGAGGUGGAGAUUAUCAAUGCAACAGCGGAGCUAGCAAGAGCCUUUGCGCAGUCCGAAUUAUCUUCAAAGGAAUAUCCCGAUGCGAAACAACAAGCAGUAGCACCGUCAUUAGAACCACCGCCAAUCAAGGAUAAAACUCUUGAAACCGCCGUAUUCACCCACCAGGGUGAAAUCCCCGCACACGCUCCUCCAGCAAUUCAUCACAGCUAUGAUCGCCUCGAAAUCCUUGGAGACGCGUACCUCGAGGUCAUCGCGACAAGGUUGAUUUGGGAUCGCUUCCAGUCCUUACCGCCUGGGCGCAUAUCUCAGAUUCGCGAACUUCUCGUCAAAAACGAAACACUCGCUCAGUUUUCCGAGAGGUUCAAAUUUGAUCAACUCGUGAGAGUCUCCCCUGAGAUACGCAGCCAGCCUAAACGCUGGGUAAAAGUCAAAGGGGACGUCUUUGAAGCAUACGCCGCCGCCGUAAUUCUGUCAGAUCCAAUCAAUGGCUUUAACCUGGUGGAGGAUUGGCUAGUGCGUCUUUGGGGUCCAAUCCUUGAUCGUGUUCAGCCGGAAGACCAGGCGACGCACCAUAAAGAGUCUCUGGCUAAGAGGGUAAUGGGAAAAGGCGUCAAGCUCCGUUAUAUAGACGAGAGUCCACCUAUAACCCGGAAAGGGGGAAUGGCAACUUUUUUCAUAGGCGUAUACCUGACAGGAUGGGGAUGGGAAAGUCAACAUCUCGGCUCGGGAACCGGACUCAAUAAAGUUGCCGCAGGGAAUGCGGCUGCGAAACAAGCACUGGAAAAUCACCCACUGAUCAAUCAAAUUCAUGCCGUUAAAAAGGCUUUCGAUCAAAAGGUCAAAGCAGAACGGGAGAGCGCUCUCGGCGACUCGACGUGCGUGCCGCCGUCAAAAUAA